GAAGAUGGCAUGGCCGAAUGUGCACCCGGUGAUGAGAAUGCUUUCACUACAUCAACCACAAUGCACAUCCUGAAGCACCAUCAACCAAUUUCUCUUCUCUCGCUCUUUUCAUUCCCAUCUAUUGUGGAGAUAAGAGGCAGAAGAGGCAGAGGGUUGUUCUUUGAUCUGUCUGGUGGACAUUUGGAUAACGAAUGGUAA